UAUUAUCUUAGCAUCAAGGCAGCAGGUUUCUGCUAAGUUUGGAGUAACUACAAGACUGCAUGACAGCAACCCCAUAAGUACUAACCACCCGGGCUCUUAAUCACAAGGAGUCUGCAUGUCUAGACAAUAGUCAUGCUCAGCUUUGUGGACACAAGGACUUUGUUGCUGCUUGCAGUAACCCUAUGCCUAGCAACAUGUCAAUGUAAGGGGUCAAAAGGACGGAAGGGGCCUCAGGGAGAUAGGGGUCUUCCAGGCAACCCAGGCAGAGACGGCGACGAUGGACUUCCAGGCUUACCGGGCCCACCUGGUCUUCCUGGAGCCCCUGGCCUUGGCGGAAAUUUUGCUGCUCAGUAUGACUCAUCGAAAGCAGGCGGUGAACCAGGACCACAGGGUAUAAUGGGACCUCAAGGACCCCAAGGACAAUCCGGACUUCCAGGCUCACAAGGAUUUCAAGGACUUCCCGGUGAACCUGGUGAACCAGGUCAAACUGGCCCUGUUGGUUCAAGAGGUCCAGGUGGUUCCCCUGGAAAACCCGGUGAAGAUGGUAUACCAGGCAAAUCAGGACGACCAGGUGAUAGAGGCACAGUUGGACCCCAGGGUGCUCGUGGUUUCCCCGGAACUCCCGGACUCCCCGGAUUUAAAGGAAUUAGAGGUCACAAUGGUCUUGAUGGACAGAAGGGAGCCCCAGGUGCUGCUGGUGUCAAGGGAGAAAAUGGUGCCAAUGGUGAAAAUGGAUCCCCCGGCCAAUCUGGAGCUCGUGGUCUUUCAGGUGAAAGAGGACGUAUCGGACCCGCCGGCCCAGCUGGUGCUCGUGGAAGCGAUGGUAGCAAUGGUCCAACUGGUCCAGCUGGUCCUAUUGGUUCUGCUGGGGCUCCUGGUCUCCCUGGUGCUCCUGGAGCUAAGGGUGAAAUCGGACCUUCUGGUAACACUGGACCUACUGGAGCUGCAGGUGGAAGAGGUGAACCCGGACCCCCUGGCGCUGUCGGCCCUGUUGGACCCGCUGGAAACCCUGGUGCUAAUGGUGUUAACGGUGCUAAAGGCGCUGCUGGUCUUCCUGGAACGUCUGGUGCUCCUGGUCUUCCCGGUGCACGUGGUAUCCCUGGCCCAUCAGGACCUGUUGGACCUACUGGUGCAAGAGGUCUUUCUGGUGAUCCUGGUGUAGCUGGUGGAAAAGGAGACACUGGAUCAAAGGGUGAACCUGGAACUUCUGGUGCCCAAGGUCCUGCUGGUCCCUCUGGAGAGGAAGGAAAGAGAGGUCCAAAUGGUGAAGCUGGAUCAUCUGGUCCUGCUGGCAAUGCUGGAAUUAGAGGUGCACCUGGAACACGUGGUCUGCCUGGACCUGAUGGUAGAGCUGGUGGAAGUGGUGCUCCAGGUAGUCGUGGUGCUUCUGGUCCUGCUGGUGCAAGAGGUCCCAAUGGUGAUGCUGGUCGCCCCGGAGAACCUGGUCUUCUUGGAGCCAGAGGUCUUCCUGGUCAGUCUGGCAACCCUGGACCUGCUGGCAAAGAAGGUCUUUCUGGUGCUCCCGGUGCCGAGGGUCGCAAUGGUCCCGCUGGCCCCACUGGAAACAGAGGCGAACCUGGCAGCAUUGGAUUCCCUGGCCCCAAAGGACCCCCUGGCGAGACUGGCAAAAACGGAGAAAAGGGUAGCCAAGGCCUAUCUGGAGACAGAGGCGCUCCUGGACCCGAUGGUAACAAUGGUGCACAAGGUCCCCCAGGUCUUGCUGGUGGUCAAGGAGAAAGAGGUGAACAGGGUCCCACCGGUGCUCCUGGAUUCCAGGGUCUUCCUGGACCCGGAGGUCCUCCUGGAGAAGCUGGAAAACUUGGAGAGAGAGGUGCUCCUGGUGACUACGGUGCUGCUGGUGCUGCUGGCCCAAGAGGUGAACGUGGAGCUCCUGGUGAAAGUGGUGCUGCUGGCCCUCUUGGACCACUUGGACCCCGUGGUCCUACUGGUGCACCUGGUACUGAUGGAAACAAGGGAGAGCCUGGUGCUGCUGGCUUAAAUGGCGGUGUUGGACCAUCUGGACCUUCUGGAAUGCCCGGAGAGAGAGGUGCAGGCGGUAUUCCUGGAGGCAAAGGCGAAAAGGGUGAUGCUGGCAAUACUGGAGAUUAUGGUAAUCCUGGAAGAGACGGUGCCCGUGGUCCCGCUGGUGCUGCAGGAGCUCCUGGGCCUGCUGGUGGUGCCGGUGAUAGAGGUGAAUCUGGUCCUUCUGGUCCACCUGGUCUUUCUGGUCAACGUGGUACUCCUGGUGAACGCGGUGAAGCUGGUCCUUCAGGUUCCACUGGCUUCGGUGGCCCCCCUGGUGCUGCUGGACAAGCUGGAACUAAGGGAGACAGAGGACAAAAGGGACCUAAAGGAGAACUUGGCCCACAAGGACCCGUUGGUGCACCUGGUUCUUCUGGUCCACAAGGUCCCAAUGGUGCAGCUGGCACUACUGGAGGACGUGGUGAUGCUGGUCCUUCUGGUGCAACUGGUUUCCCUGGAUCUGCAGGAAGACCCGGAACCCCCGGACCUUCUGGUAUUAGUGGUCCCCCUGGACCAACAGGAUCUGCUGGCAAAGAUGGUCCAAGAGGUCCUCGUGGUGACAGUGGCCCACUUGGUCGUCCUGGUGAGCAAGGCACUGGUGGCCCACAAGGUUUAUCUGGAGAUAAAGGUCCAUCUGGAGAAGCUGGUCCUGCUGGACCCUCAGGCUCCCCUGGUCCAUCUGGUGUUCUUGGUUCACGUGGUUUGGUUGGGCUUCCUGGAACAAGAGGAGAACGCGGUCUUCCUGGUGGUUCUGGAUCAAAUGGUGAGCCAGGUCCAUCUGGUCUCUCUGGUUCUGCCGGUCCACGUGGUCCCUCUGGUCCAGUGGGCUCCCCUGGUCUAACUGGUGUUUCUGGUGAAGCUGGUCGUGAUGGUAACCCUGGUAACGAUGGUCCUCCAGGCCGUGAUGGUCUUCCCGGUGUUAAGGGAGAGCGUGGCUACCCUGGAAACACUGGACCUGCUGGUGGUGCUGGUGCUCCUGGUGCUCCUGGUUCAGUUGGCCCAGCUGGCAAAUCUGGAAACCGUGGUGAGCCUGGUCCAAGUGGUUCUGCUGGAAAUGUUGGCCCUGCUGGUCCCAGAGGUCCUGCUGGUCAACAAGGUGCUCGUGGUGACAAGGGUGAAGCUGGUGAGAGGGGUGCAAGAGGAUUGGAUGGUCGCAAAGGACACAACGGUCUACAAGGUCUGCCUGGUGCUUCUGGUACCCCAGGUGAACCCGGUCCUGCUGGUAAUGUUGGUCCAUCUGGCCCAAGGGGUCCAUCAGGUCCCUCUGGUCCUCCCGGCAAGGAAGGUCGUUCUGGACAUCCUGGUCCAAUUGGACCUGUUGGUGUUCGUGGUGCUGCUGGUUACCAAGGUCCUGCUGGUCCUCCUGGACCUCCUGGUUUACCUGGUCUCCCUGGACCCUCUGGUGGUGGAUAUGAUUCUGGAUUUGACAAUGGUGAAUACUUCAGAGCUGACCAGCCUUCCCGCAGACCCAAGGACUAUGAAGUUGAUUCCACUCUGAAAUCUUUGAACAACCAAAUUGAGACAAUUCUGAGCCCUGAAGGUUCAAAAAAGAACCCAGCUCGUACCUGUCGCGAUCUAAGACUCAGCCACCCCGAAUGGACCAGUGGAUUCUACUGGAUUGAUCCUAACCAGGGAUGCACUUCAGAUGCCAUCAGAGUUUUCUGUGACUUCUCCACUGGAGAGACAUGUAUCCAUGCCAACCCCGACAGCAUUCCACAGAAGAACUGGUACAUUGGAAAGACCACCAAACACAUGCUGUUUGGUGAAACUAUUAAUGGCGGCACCCAAUUUGAAUACAACGACGAAGGAAUAACAUCCAAGGAUAUGGCCACCCAGUUUGCCUUCAUGCGUCUGCUGGCUAACCAUGCAUCUCAAAACAUCACUUACCACUGUAAAAAUAGCAUUGCCUACAUGGACGGAGAAACUGGAAACCUCAAGAAAGCCAUUACAUUGCAGGGAUCCAAUGAUGUUGAAUUACGGGCUGAAGGCAACAGCAGAUUCACAUACAGUGUCCUUGAAGACAGCUGCACUAAACACAAUGGCCAAUGGGGCAAGACAGUCAUCGAAUACAGAACUAAUAAACCAUCUCGCUUACCCAUCCUGGACAUUGCACUUUUGGACAUUGGUGGUGGUGACCAAGAGUUUGGUGUGGACGUUGGCCCAGUCUGUUUCAAAUAAUUAAAUGAACAUCAACAAAAACUAACUUAAGAACUAUCCUCUCUUUGCCCAUUCUUUGUUUUUAACAUUGAAAGCUGACUCCUUCGAUUUUUCCACUCAUCUACUUGCUUAAAUCCUGGGCAAAUGAAACAGAUCUAAUGGAGCAUCAUUCCGUGCAAAUUAAUACACCAGAGAGGACUUGGAAUACUUUCACGAUUUUUAACAACAUGUUGUGGAAAAAUGUCAGCUUUUGUAAAAAAUAAAAAAAAUAAAAAAAAAAACAAAUAAAAAACGUGAAAGCUUGCACCAUUUGUGGCCUUUGAAUAUCUUCCAUGGAGGAAGUUUAAAACCGCAGCUUCCACUGGUUUUAACAACCUCAAACACUCAAAGUGUCUUCACAUCUUCAUUAAGCCACCAAGUAAACAUGGUGUUCACAAGUAAAGUCAUUUUACCACGGUGCUAAUUAAGUUAUAACAAAUACAAAAUGGUGCUAAUAAAGAGUUAACAUGCAUUGUUUCCGUA